AUGAGCUGCAACAACGGCGGUAAGCUUCUUCCGUUGGACGACGACGCCGGGGCGGGGAAAGACAUGCAUUCCGAGGGCAUGAAGGGAUACGGAAGGGUCGGCGCGUGUGACGGGGCUGCCCUCAACGUGCGCGACUUCACUCCGUUAGGCGUUGAGGUGCAAACUGCGGAGGACGUCUGGGACGAGCACCGGGAACAACAUGCUCCGCUUCUUGAGAUGACGGCACGGACGGCCCCGUGGCGGCUCAAGCUGUUUUCCGCGCUGCUUUACGCCGUGAUGUCGGUUGGCAUCAUGAUGCUCAACAAGACCAUUUUUACCGAGUUUGGCUUCCGCUGCUUUAUUUUUGUAGGCUUCCUGCAGUACACGACGACGGCGGUCGUGUCGCUGGCGCGCCGCUACCAGGGCGCCAUUAGUUUCCCGCUGAAGGGGUUCGUGCAGAUCACCCUUGUGGAGCUGUUCCCGCUUCCGAUGGUAUUUGUGUUCAACACCCUUAGCGGGCUUGGGGCGACGCAGUCGCUGAACAUGCCGCUCUUUGUGCUGCUGCGCCGCCUCUCCAUUGCGCUGACGCUCCUUGGCGAGGCCGUCUUUCUGCGCUAUCACCACGACUGGGAGACACGCACCGCCGUGACGCUCAUGAUUGCAGGUGCCCUUAUCGCCACCGGCCUCGACGUCAACGCCUCGCCGAAGGGGAUUUUGUUUGUGCUCGUGAACGACGUCUGCACCUCGCUCAACGGCGUCCUCACCCGCAAGAAGAUGGACGAGAACAAGUUUAGCUCGGAGGGAAUUAUGUUCUACACGAACGCCUUUGCCGCCUGCUUCGCCGGGUUCAUGUUGCUUUGCAACGUGCAGUGGGAACUGACCGGGCUGCGGCAGUUUGAUGGCGGGACCCCCGCCUUUGCCGCCUUUCUCGCGCUCAGCGCAGUCUCCGGCUACGGCAUCAGCUACGCGACGUACCUCUGCAUGAAGCUCAACUCCCCGCUGACAGCGUCGAUGAUCGGCGCCAGCAAAAACGUCGUCAUGUCGUACGUCGGCAUGAUCUUCAGCGACUACGCCUUCACCGUGCCGUCGUUCGUGGGAGUAAACGUCUCGGUGCUGGGAUGCAUUGUCUACAGCCACCGCGAGUUUGUGCGCAUCCGGCGCCGCGACGAGGGUGAGGCCACGCACCAACACUCCCAGCCGCGGCAGCAGCGCCUAUCAACGACUCUGGAGACGUGA